AUGGCGUCCCAAAGGAAAAUUUCAGAAUUUCAAGCUUUUGAAAUCGAAGCAGCGGAUGAUUCUGGAAUUAGGCCUCAAGCUGCAUAUGAGCUUGCUACUCGUCAAGUUGGUGGACGACUUAAUCUCGGCUACACUCCUCAUGAUCACAGAAAUCAUUUGCAAAGCAAUAUGCAGAGGGAGUUGGCUUUUGGUCAGGCGGGCAGCAUGUUGAAGUAUUUUCAAGACAAAAUUGUUGAAAACCCAUCAUUUCAAUAUGCUUUGCAGCUGGAUUGUCAGGAGGAUAUAACAAACAUUUUCUGGGCUGAUGCUAAAAUGAUGGUCGACUAUGCACACUUCGGCGAUGUUGUCACAUUUGACACUACUUUUGGCACAAACAAGGAAUAUCGGCCGUUUGGUGUUUUUCUUGGGCUCAAUCAGUUUAGGGAGACUACUGUUUUUGGUGCUGCACUAAUGUUUGAUGAAACAUUUGCCUCAUUUCAAUGGCUUUUCAACACUUUUCUAGUUGCACAUAAUGGAAGGCAACCUAGAACUAUUUAUACCGAUCAAGAUAUUGCAAUGGGAAAAGCUGUAAAGGAUGUCUUCACAGAAGCAUAUCAUGGACUAUGUACCUUUCACAUAAUGCAAAAUGCCGUCAAACAUCUAUCUCCAGUUAAGGGUGAAGAGAAAGAUGAGGCUGAAGAGAAAGAUGAGGGUGAAGAGAAAGAUGAAGACGAAGAACCACAUAUUCUCACUGAUUUUAGUGCUUGUAUGUAUGGCUAUGAGGACCCCGCAGCAUUUGAAGAAGCCUUUGUCAAUAUGAGGUGUAGGAUGCACAAGCAAACUUGGUUUGAUAGUAUCUACAAGUUGGAGGAAAAACUCAAUGCAUCUACUAGUGACAUGAAUGAACCUAGUAAGGCUCAGGAAAAUGAUGACCCAAAUAUGCAGCAAGGAGAUGACUUGCUAAGAGCUGCACGACUGAAGAAAAAGGAGGUUCAAUCCAAAAAUUCAAAAAGAAAGAAUAGUUGGCUUGAUAAGUUGCACAAGGGCAAGCGCAAGGCAACUAAACCUCCUGCUUCAACCAAAAAUGGAGCAAAGCAAAAAAAGAAAAAGGAUGAUGUGCAGCCCAAAGUAGACGUGGAGAAUGAUGGCAGCAAGAGAAGCCCAAAUGCAGAGAAUGCAAAGCUGGAGAGCGUUAGUGCAUCCCUGCUGUCAUUCCUGUCCCUCUGUCUUUCUUGA